AUGGAAGAACUUACAGCGUUCGUCUCCAAGUCUUUUGACCAGAAAGUGAAGGAGAAGAAAGAGGCAAUCACAUACCGGGAGGUGCUGGAAAGCGGGCCGCUGCGCGGGGCCAAGGAAGCGCCCGGCUGCGCUGAGCCCGGCCGCGACGACCGCAGCAGCCCAGCAGUCCGGGCGGCCGGCGGAGGCGGUGGCGGCGGAGGAGGAGGCGGAGGCGGAGGCGGAGGAGGCGGAGGAGGUGUAGGAGGAGGAGGAGCAGGCGGAGGAGCAGGAGGAGGGCGCUCUCCUGUCCGGGAGCUGGACAUGGGCGCCGCGGAGAGAAGCAGGGAACCCGGCAGCCCGCGGCUCACCGAGGGUAGAAUGAGGUCUAAGCAUGCUAAAAUCUGGGCUAUGUUCUUUCUCCCGGCCGAUGCCUUUAGGUUCCAUUUUGGGGUUUUGUCCCCGGAGCUGAAGGAUCGCAAAGAGGAUGCAAAAGGGAUGGAGGACGAAGGUCAGACUAAAAUCAAGCAGAGGCGAAGUCGGACCAAUUUCACCCUAGAACAACUCAACGAGCUGGAGAGGCUAUUUGAUGAAACCCACUACCCUGACGCCUUCAUGCGCGAGGAGCUAAGCCAGCGGCUGGGCCUGUCCGAGGCCCGUGUGCAGGUUUGGUUUCAAAACCGAAGAGCUAAAUGUAGAAAACAAGAAAACCAGCUCCAUAAAGGUGUCCUCAUAGGAGCUGCCAGCCAGUUUGAAGCUUGUAGAGUUGCACCCUAUGUCAAUGUAGGUGCUUUAAGGAUGCCAUUUCAGCAGGAUAGUCAUUGCAACGUGACGCCCUUGUCCUUUCAGGUUCAGGCGCAGCUGCAGCUGGACAGCGCCGUAGCGCACGCGCACCACCACCUGCACCCGCACCUGGCCGCGCACGCGCCCUACAUGAUGUUCCCGGCACCGCCCUUCGGACUGCCGCUCGCCACGCUGGCGGCCGACUCGGCUUCGGCCGCUUCGGUGGUAGCAGCAGCCGCCGCCGCCAAGACCACCAGCAAGAACUCCAGCAUUGCCGAUCUCAGACUGAAAGCCAAAAAGCACGCGGCUGCCCUAGGUCUGUGA